AUGGCGCCCCUAUCAUUUUACGACGAAGUUGAGCUAGAAGAUAUGGAGUAUGAUGAGGACAAGCAACUGUUCCACUAUCCAUGCCCAUGUGGCGACCGCUUUGAAAUCUCGGUUGCACAGCUCCGAGCAGAGGAAGAUGUCGCGCGGUGUCCCAGCUGCACGCUCCUGAUUCGUGUGAUCUAUGAUCCGCUCGAUUUCAUGGACAGUGAUGGCGCGAAUCCACCGGCUGUCUCGCCGAUGGUGUCGGCUGCUGCGUAA